AUGGGACUCGGCGACGAUAAGGAGCUGAAUUCAACAUUCCCGUCAUACGCUGCUUUCCCAACAUCUUCGCAGCAGCAGCAACAGCAACAGCAGCAGCAACAACAACAACAACGAUCCGUCAGUUACAGUAAGUACAACUGUUCUUAUGCUAAUGGGAAACAAGAUUCCUGUACGAACUGA